AACGUGCUAUGACGGUGACUAAAAAUUUAAUUCUAUUAAUAUCCUUCAUAUUUAUCUAAAUCCAACUCAUAUGUAUAAAAAAGAAACAAUAUUAUCCAAAUCUCUUUCAUUGGUGUAUAUAUUUUAUCUCUUAAACUACUCCAUAACAGAUGAGUGAUUUUCUUCUUGACACAUUAAAGCAAUCAUGGAUGGAAAAAGUAAAAUCUAUUGGGUUGAUAAGGAUGAUGAUGAUGAUGUAAACGGUUCAAUUUCUAAUGGAUAUUUGACAGAAGAAUCAAUGUGUUCAUAUUUUUCUUCAUCCGAGAUGGAUGAUGAUGAUCAAGAAGUUUCAUCAUCUUCAACUUCUAGUUUAUCAUCUUCAUCAUCAUCAAAUUUAAAUGGUCCUUUAUAUGAAUUAUCAGAGCUCAUGAACCAUCUUCCUAUGAAGAGCGGAUUGUCUAUGUUUUACCAAGGGAAGGCACAAUCUUUUGGGUCUUUAGCAAGGGUGGAAAACAUAGAAGAUCUUCCUAAGAAAGAAAAACCAAAUUACAGAAAUAAAGUGAAAUCAUGCAAGACCUUUGGUCUGUGCACUCCAAAGGCAACAAUAGCAAAGAAAUCUUCAAGAGGAUUUUGUUUAUCAGUAAUAAGUUCUACAAAAAAGAGUUUCCUUGGAGGGUCUAGAUCUUCCUUUUCUGGAAACAAAAACUUUUGAAAUUCAAUUUUGUAAGAGAUUUUUGUUUUAUUUUAAGCACAAAAUGAGGAAAUUUUAAAUACCUUACAUUUUAGAUUCAAUAUGAGACAAAAUCCUUUUUUCUCAUGUGAAAUAAAAUUAUGCUACAUGCACAUUAUUUAA